AUGGUCAAGGCCCGUCUGUCACGUCGGCACCCCAGUCGACUCCUGUCCCGUCGGCGCCCGGCCGUGCCCCCACCUACUCUUGUCCCGUCGGUGCCCCGGCUGACUCCUGUUGUCCCGUCAGCGCCCUGGCCAACGCCUGCACCUCCAGUCCCAUCGGCGCCCCGGCCGACGCCCUCUCCCGCGGGGCCGCAGCUUUCCCCGGGUCCCGUCCUGGAUGGGCCGCAGCCUUCCUCUGCUCCCAUUUCCGCUGGGCCGCAGCGUUACUCUGCCCCCGUUUCCGCUGGGCCGCAGCAUUCCUCUGCCGAGAGACCAUGUUGCCAGAGCCCUAGGUCCGAGAGCCCCCUGUCCAAGAACCUCAGUCUCGAGAGCCCCCUGUCCAAGAACCUCAGUCUCGAGAGCACCCUGUCCAAGAACCUCAGUCUCGAGAGCACCCUCCCCAGCCUCCAGAGCCCCCUGCCCAGCCUCCAGAGAGGAUCCGUCAGCCUCCAGAGCCCCGUCCCCGUGGCCGACCUCCAGAGAAGCCCCGUCAGCCUGGUCGUCCUCCUGUUCGCUCCCCAGAGGGGUUCUGCCUGUCCGCCUUGCCUCAGCCUUCGAGGAUUCCCUCCUCCAGACCCCUGCCACCCAUCCGGCUGA